AUGUUCUCCCUCAAAUCCAUCCUAUCCAUCUCCCUCCUCACCAGCUCCGCCACCGCCGCCUUUCUUCCCGCCACGAGCACAUCCACCUCCGUCCUCAACAACACCACGAGCACAGCUACCGCACAACCCACCAUCACCGCCGCCACCGUCCACUGCGAUAUCACGUACUGCGUCAACGGCACCUCGUACUGCCACUUCUGGGCCGGCAUCAGCACGUGGAAAAUGUCGGGCCCGUCUCCGGGAGAAGUCGUGACGACCAUGGGAGUUUGCAAGAUUGGCAGAGCAAGGAUGAUGGCGGUUAGGGAGUGA